CCCAGACGCAGGCAGCGCCGCCGCGCCGCUCCGCUCCGCUCCUUCCCCGCAGCAUCCCCGAUGGCCGCCCGCCUGACCUGCUGCCUCUUGCUGUGGGCCGUGGGCCAUGGGGGCUGCCGCUCGCCGGCGGGGGCGGGCGCCGCCAGCCAGCCCCGCUGCCCCGCCGAGCCGCCGCCUGCCCGCGGCCUGGCCUCCCCCGGCCGCCGCCCCCGCGGCGGCUCUCCCCCGCCGCCCGCGCUGGGCAGCAUCGCUCAGGACGUGGUAGCUGUCCACAUGCUUAAGCUCUACGAGAAGUACAACCGGGAGGGGAGCCGGCCCGGCGACGGCAACACGGUCCGCAGCUUCAAAGCCCGGCCAGAAUUCUUGGCGCAAAAGCCUUUGUAUUGCUUCAAUCUUACAUCAAUGCAAGAUUCAGAGAUGAUCCUUGCUGCCACGUUCCACUUCUAUGCUGACAAACGCCAUCGGCAUCGGGAAGUGUUUUGUAAGCGGUCCAAGAACUCAUCCUGCCGCCUUCUUCACCUGCCUCAUAUCCUGCGACUCAAUAUCAUUUUCCGAAGCAUUCCCCAGAACUCUGCCUAUGGACUAGUCAAAGGGAACAUCACUGUGUUUCUCCAAAGACGAGGGGCUUGGCAUGCAAAGGACAUUUCACACAUUAUAAAAGAAUCAAAACAGGCUGGAGAGCUCAUUCUCUGUGCUGAGCUUGACUCUGGAGAGAAAUACCAGGGCUUCCCUGAACAGGCUGCCAGUCAUUUGCCUUAUAUACUGGUUUACGCCAAUGAUCUUGCAAUCUCUGAACCAAACAGUGUAGCAGUCACCCUACAGCGUUAUGAUCCAUUUCCUUCCAAUGAUGGGGACCCAAAUCUAUCCCCAAAUGCUUCUAAUGAUACCCGAGUGAAGAGGGAUACAUACCCCUCUAGCUCUAUUCAGAACAAUGAGUUGCCAGAAGUAGAAUAUAACAACAAAUACAAUAAACAUGAUAUAUGGGAGAGCGCCUACAAGUCCUUGAAACCAAAAGCCUCACGCAAAGAUCGACGGAGAAAAGGGCAAGAAAAUACAGAAACACUCUCAAAAUCUCAGGUGCUAAAUUUUGAUGAGAAAACAAUGAAGAAAGCAAGGCGAAAACAAUGGAAUGAGCCAAGGAUUUGUUCAAGAAGAUACAUGAAAGUUGACUUUGCUGAUAUUGGCUGGAAUGAAUGGAUCAUAUCUCCAAAAUCGUUCGAUGCCUAUUACUGUGCAGGGGCAUGUGAAUUUCCAAUGCCUAAGAUUGUCCGGCCAUCGAACCAUGCUACAAUCCAGAGCAUCGUAAAAGCAGUGGGCAUCAUUCCUGGCAUUCCAGAGCCCUGCUGUGUUCCUGACAAAAUGAACUCACUCAGUGUGCUCUUCUUAGAUGAGAACAAAAACGUGGUUUUAAAAGUAUAUCCCAACAUGUCGGUUGAAACCUGUGCCUGCCGAUAAGUUCACACAAACCCAUCUUUAACAAGACCUAAACAUCCUGCCCAACUAUAUGGAGAAAGUUGUGAAUAGGAAAUGAAUCCACUGUUGUUGAUAAGCGAAUGCAAGUCUAGAACUCCUACAGACAGCACGCAGAGAGAAUAAAGCAGCACCCAUGCUCACCUGGAAGGAUAUGUCUUAAUAUUGUCAUUUGUCUUGCAAAUUAACAGUGAUUCACCUUCCUGGAAAUCAGUAUUUCACAAUUUCUUCUUAACACAUCUAGUCAAGAAACAUGGUAUUUAGUGCAGAAAUUUAAAUGCAAAGUUUUCCAUAAUCAAAGACUAAAAUAUGUUUUUAUAUGCUAUUUUUCUAUUUUCUCUCUUCAGUUAACCAAGAAGAUGAGAAGUGAACUUGCAAAGGCAGGCUUAUUCUAGCAUAUCACUUGUGUACACAAAUCAAAACUUUUUGCCUAAAACGCUCAUACUCUUAAUCUGCAUAUUUAUACUGAAAAUGCUGUAAUAAAGGCCUUAAUAUGUAUAUUUUCUUCAGGAUUCAAGUGUAGUGCACUGUAUAAGCUUAUAUAUAUACAGUAUGUUAAUAUAACCAUUUUUGGUUACCCUUCCCUAAUAUAUUUGUUCUACAAAAGGCAUAUGUAAUAUCCCACACUCUUGGUUUGCUGGAUAAUUUCAGAUUGUUAAACAUAUAUUCUCUGAAU